AGUAGUAGAAGUUAAACGCGAAUCCUGAGGAGAGUGUAAACAUUGUAGGGCGCUGAGCAUGCGCAUUUCGGUCAUGUGUACUGGUUUAUAUAUGUUUUCUCUGAGGGUUGAACUGAGAUGAAAUGAAGGUGAACAUUUCAUUCUAGCUGACAGCAGCUCCAGCGCUACACGGCUGACCGGGCUAACCUACUGCCGUUACUUUAUUUAUCAUUAAUAUCACCAUUUCUGACUCCAUCUAAUGGAAGAAAGUGAAGAUCAUGGCGUCGGAAAGCGGUUUCUACGGAGUCGGAGAACGCGCACGCGCACAGAGAAGCAGGAGCGUGUACACAGCAAACCUGUGAAUCCUGAACCUUCACGCGUUCACACUUCAGACUCCCACAGCCUGGCAUGCUUACUAAACGGAUCAUCUCCAAACGUGUCUGAACGCCGGUACUGUCGUGGCGCUAAUCCCGGCUCGGUGUCCUCUCUCCUCACACUGCUGCUGCUGCUCUCCGCGUGCACGCGCUUCUACAAGCUCACCGAGCCGCCGCAUGUGUGCUGGGAUGAGACUCACUUUGGGAAGAUGGGCAGCUAUUAUAUUAACCGCACGUUUUUCUUUGACGUUCAUCCACCACUGGGCAAGAUGCUGAUUGGCCUAGCAGGAUAUCUGACCGGCUACGAUGGCACCUUUCCUUUCAUCAAACCAGGGGACAGAUAUGAGCAUCACAACUACUGGGGGAUGAGAGGAUUCUGCGCAGCACUCGGCUCCUGUUUGCCUCCUUUUGCUUACUUGGUGGUCUGGGAGCUGUCUCGUUCUACUGCAGCUGCUCUCAUUGCAGCAUCCCUGCUCAUUUUCGACACUGGGUUCAUUACCCUCUCGCAGUACAUCCUGCUCGAUCCCAUCCUGAUGUUUUUUAUUAUGGGAGCUGUGCUGAGCAUGGUCAAAUUCAACCGGCAAAGACUCAGACCCUUCAGCUGGCCCUGGUGGCUGUGGUUGCUGCUCACAGGAGUGAACCUCGCUGGCUCUCUGGGGGUCAAGUUUGUAGGGCUGUUUGUCAUUUUAUUAGUGGGCAUCAAUACUGCAUGGGACCUCUGGAAACUACUGGGGGAUGUUCAUCUCCCUCUGGUGGAUUUUGCCAAGCACUUGGCUGCGAGAGUGUUUGGGCUGAUAAUGAUCCCCUUGUUCCUAUACACUACAAUGUUUGCUGUUCAUUUUGUUAUCUUAAACAGAAGUGGUCCAGGAGACGGGUUCUUCAGCUCGGCUUUUCAGUCUCGCCUGAUUGGAAACAACCUGCACAACGCCACCAUGCCAGAAUACUUGGCAUAUGGCUCAGUAAUAACCGUGAAGAACCUACGAAUAGCUGGAGGAUAUCUUCAUUCCCACUGGCACCUGUAUCCAGAGGGGGUUGGAGCCCAACAACAACAGGUCACUGCUUACCUGCACAAAGACUUUAAUAAUCUGUGGCUCGUCAAGAGACCUAAUGAUGAUCCCACAGGGACUCCUGAGCUUGUCCGACAUGGUGACGUCAUUCGGCUAGAGCACAAAGAGACCACGCGCAACCUGCAUAGUCACCUUCAUGAAGCACCACUGACUAAGAAGCACCUUCAAGUCACGGGCUAUGGCAUUAAUGGUACGGGGGAUCCCAAUGAUCUCUGGCAGGUGGAGGUGUGUGGAGGGAAGAAGGGUGACCCGGUGAAGGUGUUGCGCAGUAAAGUGCGCUUCCUACAUCGUUCCACAGGCUGUGUGCUCUAUUCCUCAGGCAAGAUGCUCCCAAAAUGGGGCUGGGAACAGGUAGAGGUCACGUGUAGUCCAUACUUAAAGGAAACUCCAAACUCCCAGUGGAACAUUGAAGAUCACAUCAACCCCAAAUUGCCCAACAUUAGUUUGUGUGUGCUGAAGCCUUCCUUCCUGGAGAUCUUGCUUGAAUCUCAUAUUGUCAUGAUCAGGGGAAAUAGUGGCCUGAAACCUAAAGACAAUGAGGUUAACUCGAAACCUUGGCACUGGCCCAUCAACUAUCAGGGCUUAAGGUUUUCUGGAGUGAAUGAAACAGAGUACCGUGUGUAUCUUUUAGGGAAUCCUGUGAUCUGGUGGCUCAAUUUGUUCUCUUUGGCUCUGUUUCUUGUUAUGGUGGGUCUGUUUUCUCUGGCCUUACAGAGAGGAGCUAAACUUGAAGGAGAAAGGAAAGCACGCUGCCAGGUUCUUAUCGAAGGUGGUGGAAUGCUGUUCUUGGGUUGGCUGCUACACUAUAUGCCCUUCUACAUCAUGGGCCGAAUUCUGUACUACCACCAUUACUUCCCUGCCAUGCUCUUCAGCAGUAUGCUUACAGGAAUAACACUUGACAUACUCCUGCAGAAUGCUGACCUCCUGUUUAGUCCUGCUGUUUCGAAGUGCAUUUUAAGAGCAGGUCAAAUGGUGCUACUGUUCGGACUCCUCCAAAGCUUCUACCUGUUCCACCCUCUGUCCUAUGGCAUGAAGGGGCCACUUGCUCACGAUCCUGCUUCCUACAUGGCGGGACUCAGGUGGUUGGACUCCUGGGAAUUUUAAAGCGUUUUGACAUGAUUUGUGGUGCAGGAAAAUAUCACCUAUUAACUAGUCUAGUGACUAGAGAGCUGCUAUAAUACUGACAUUUCAUUCUCCUUUAAACUUGCAUGACUCAUUUCACAAGGUUAUUAAAUGUACUAGAGUUGCUAAUUUAUAAAUGAUUAGCAGUUUGUAAAGCAUCACUUAGUUCAUUUCAUUAGCACAGAGCUACAUUUCUCUUACAGCUGAGGGAAAUGUGCAGUAGAAUGUCAUCAGUAUUGUAAAUCAUUAUUUAAUUUUACAUGUUUGUAAUCCAGUUGGAUGUAUUUUAUAGUUAUUCCAGGUUUGACUGACACAAUCAAUCAUACUAAGUGCCUUUUAGGUGAUAUAUAAGUAGUGAUGAUUCAUUGAGGGAGUGGAUUAGGGCUGAAAGGGAGUUUAUUGGAAUUAUGGAAAUCUCCCUUGCAUUUUGGGACUUUAUUAUUAUUAUUAUUAUUAUUAUUAUUAAAAGAUCUGCGUUUUUCAAGUCUUCAAUUGUAGUGUCUUGAGAGCUAGCAACAGCUGGCAAUAUCCAAUCCUUGGAUCAGAUUGGAUUAUCAAACAGGUCAUUUUAAUGUAAAUAUUAAAUAUUUUUUACAAGAA